AGGCGCAGUCGUCCUUCCAGCUGACCGUCAUUGCGGUGUCGGUGCUGGUGGCCGUGACCUGCGUGGUCGUGCUGCUCGUGUGCGUGAGAAUGGCCCGCCUCAGGAGGACCGCUGGACACCCGACGCUGCAGGGCGGUCCUGGCCUGCAUGACGAUGGCAUCAUUGCCAACUGCCUCCACGAUGUCCAUACGAGUCAGAUAACGCUUGACAGGAUGCUCACACACCUGCCUAACUCAGCUGACGUGGCGAGCACCGGCCUGUUCCCCGCGCGCGACGCAGCCUCCAAGGACGUCGAGGACAGCUUAGACGACAUCGACGACGACGACGACGACGCGAACAGCACGCUCCUGCAGGGCGUCGCGGCGGCGGCCGACCUCAAGAGGAGCCUCGUCGACCCCAAGAAGGACCUCGUCGACCCCAAGAAGGACCUCGCCGACCCCAAGCGAGACCCCGCUGACCCCAGGAGGGAGCCGGCUGACCCCGAGAUCGCUCCUCCCAGAUCGAACGACGGUGCGCAGGCGGCCGAGGUCGCCUCAUCCUAGUUAUUACAAUAUAUAUUUUUAUGUUCUGUUUUUUCUCUUUUUUGUUUCUUUCUUAUUAUAUAUUUUUCUUUCCCUCUAGCCUAAAACUGACGGGUGAAGGAACGGGUUUAGAGAGUAGCUUAGGUUGGUGCAUCGGGACGAGGCCGCGCGCGACGCGGGAGAGGGACCGCGCGCGCCCCGUCGCGGCGCCGCCUCUUUUCCCUCUCUUCUCGUCCUCCGAGGCGCAGACCUCGUCCGGGGAGACGGGCUCGCAGCAGCCGCUCCCGAGGAACAUCUCCAGGCCUUCGAAGGGAGCGAGGAAGGGAAAGAGAUGGACAAAUAACAAAAGAAAUGUUUCAAGGUCGAGACGGCACGAGACUGGAGAGGAGGCCCGAGCUGGCGCUCGCCCUCUCGACCCCCUCGCUAUCCGUGCGUCGACGCUGCAUCCCCCUCCCCCCUUCUUGCAUGCGACGCGAGUGCCGGAGGGCUAUGCAGGCCUUGGCAUCGAUACGGGUUUGAGGGCUGGGCGCGGGCGUCGCGAGGCCAGCCACCUUACCUUGCAGAGAGGACUGUUCAAAGGCAGGGAGUUCCCAGGGUAUAAAUCAUAGGUACUUGACACCUGUUCGCAUGUGUAGAGAGGUGCUUAUUCCUUUCCUCUUUUUAAUUUUAAUUUGUAAUUCCUUUUUCACAGUUGUUGUUUUUAUAUAUAUGGUCCCCGUUAUCCAUUAAUGAAAGUUCGUGUCUGAGCACAUGUGCUUGAUCAUGUGUUUCGCGUGAAGACUGCCUUCGCUGAGGCGUCGGGGAGCGAGAGGCAGGCGGUCCUCUGCUUUUGUAGAUUCAUCAUUUCUGUUCCUUUUUUGCUUGUGUAUAUAUAUGUAUAUAU